CGAAUUGACAACUCGUUCACCUUCAUGGACCUUUCCCGCGCCGCUCGCGUCCAGUAUCUCGUACCAUGAGGACAGUCUUCCUGCUAGGUCGACAAUGUCUUCGGCAAGGUCUGCAUCAGUCUGCGCCCUUCGUCACCCGCGCGUCUACACGGCCGUUCGCGUCCGCCGCACGCCGACAAUUCGCAACACCUCGAUUCGGCGGCAAAACAGUUCUAUGGUCUGGUGCUGCAGCAGCGGGGGGUGCUGCUCUCAGUCCGCUCGCGUUCGUUGAGAUCGGUCACGACAAGUCUGGCAACGGAGAAAAGACUCACGAAGAGGCCAUGCUCGAGGUCUCUAGGAAGGAGCUCGCAGAACAAGUACCAAGGUCAAUAGAGAACUCGAAGAAGUACAGGCGUAGUAUCUACUUCUUCGUUGAAGACUACAUAAUUGAGCCCAUAGCCACCGGCUUGCGGUUCUUGCAUCUAGUCAUCAUCUUUGUCCCUGUCAUUGUAACAAUACCUGCGAUAUGGAUCGGCGCAAGGAACACCGAUAGAGAUAACGAGAGAAGUGGUACUAUAUGGUGGUAUGGCUUCCUCGUUGGUUCCAUGGAACGAGCUGGAGCUGCUUUCAUCAAGCUAGGGCAAUGGGCCGCCUCAAGAACAGACAUCUUUCCCACGGAGAUGUGCUCUAUCAUGUCUACCCUUCACUCCAACGCACCGGCGCAUUCUCUUGAGACCUCGAAACGCACGAUAGAAGCCGCUUUCGAUGGCCGCAAGUUCGAUGACAUAUUCGAACAGUUUGAUGAAAAGCCUCUGGGCGUAGGAGCCAUUGCGCAAGUCUACAAAGCCAAGCUCCAGCCCGAUCUGGCUACGCUACAGAACAACUCAAUCGACCGCGAAGAGCCAAAUCUGGCACGCAAGAUCAAAAAGAAUGUUGACGCAACGUUGAAGAGCACGCCACAGCGGGUCCCUUCAAGUCAUGUCGCUGUAAAAGUUCUGCAUCCCAAGAUUGAAAAGAUCGUUCGAAGAGAUCUGCGCAUAAUGGCUGCAUUUGCGGCUGUAAUCAAUGCGAUCCCGACAAUGGAAUGGUUCUCGUUCCCGGAUGAGGUGGAGCAGUUUGGCGAGAUGAUGAGACUUCAGCUCGAUCUGCGCAUCGAGGCUGCGAAUCUUACCAUCUUCCGCCAGACUUUCAAGGAUCGCACAACAGCAUGGUUUCCCUACCCUUACACAGAGUACUCAACUCGCAAUGUUCUGAUCGAGGAAUUUGCGCAGGGCAUACCAAUGGAAGAUUUCCUGCAGAACGGUGGGGGGGUAUUCCAGAAGGACAUUGCUGAUGAGGGCCUUGAUGCAUUCCUCAACAUGGUGCUUAUUGACAACUUCAUCCACGCCGAUCUGCAUCCUGGCAACAUCAUGGUUCGCUUCUACAAGCCUGAGAAGCUAGACGUACCGAUCUUCACGCGCAAAGAGAACCGAACUACUGGUCCAACUGAAUCGGCCGAUGUGACAGAAGAAGUGCUGGAACGCUUGAGACCGCAUCGCAAGAAUCCUGAACAAUGGAAGACCCGACUACAGGAAAUCGACAACGAAGGCUAUCGACCCCAACUGAUUUUCAUUGAUGCGGGACUGGUGACGGAGCUCAACGCCAAGAACCGCACCAACUUCCUGGAUCUCUUCAAAGCAGUCGCAGAAUUUGACGGCUAUAAGGCGGGUCAUCUCAUGGUCGAGCGAUGUAGACAACCCGAGGCUGUUUUGGAUGGUGAGGUGUUCGCUCUGCGAAUGCAGCAUUUGGUCCUAGGUGUCAAGAGUCGCACCUUCGCCCUCGGCAACAUCAAGAUCGGAGACAUUCUGAACGAGGUACUGUCGAUGGUGCGAACGCAUCACGUGCGACUGGAGGGCGAUUUCAUCAACGUUGUUCUUAGCAUUCUGCUUCUCGAGGGCAUUGGGCGAAAUCUGAAUCCGGAGCUGGACCUCUUCGCUGGUGCCCUUCCCAUCCUACGACAACUCGGCGCUCAAGGCGGUGGGUCCAUGAUCCGCGGUGGAGACUUCUCAAUGCUCAAAGUCUGGGUUGGUCUGGAAGCACGCAGCUUCUUGCAGGCUUCAAUCGAUACUGUCGAACGUUGUGUGAAGUAUGAUCAGUUGUCACCAAACAUUUAGAAUCACCCUUUGCAUGAUAGACUACAAUGCUGCGCGUUUGCAAGGGAAGCGGGCUUGAGUCACAUUUAGAGUAAACCAUAUUUACAAUGAUACCACAAAUACGUUCGUGAAAUGCCAGCUCCUGUAUGCAUACACGAUUGAU